AUGUCAUGGAAAAUCAUAAUACAGGAUGACAAACUCUGGAUGCUGUGUGAUCUGAAAAUCCAGUUUGACAGACACAUGAAUGAAGGGAAAUACCAUUUGGCAGAGCCACUAGUCACAGCCAUCUCUGCCUUAAACAAAACAGAAGGUCUCUACAGGAAAGCUAAAGUUUUGAAGGCUCUGAACCGCAGCACUGAGGCGUACAGCGUCUUGCAGCGGCUGCAGGUGCACUGUGAGAGGACUAAAUGCACAGAGGUGGUCAUCAGAGUUAUGCUUUCCACCGCUGAGCUCCACUGGGAGUCGUGUGGCUUCUCCACAGCUCUCCCUCUCCUCCUGCAGGCCCUGGCUCUGGCCAGGCAGCACCACCUCCAGUCCCUGGCCUCAGAGACCAUCCUGCACCUGGCCUUCACUCAGCUGAUGUUGGGAGUUCCUGAGCACGCUCUGAGUGUUCUGCAUGAAGCCAUCGAGCCUGUUCUGGCCCACGGAUCGGUCAUGGACAAGGGCAGAGCCCUGCUGCUGACCGCACGCUGUCAGAUGGCUGUGGCUGGGUUCAAGCCAAACGGACAAGGGCAAGCAGAUCUUCCCUUGGCGGGUUUGGCCGUUGACACGCUAAAUGAGGCAGCAGGCUAUUUCUCCAAGCUGAACUGUAAGGAGCGGCUGCGGGACGUCCACUACCUGCAGGCCCUGCUCCACCGCUCCCUGGGACAAACCUCGCACUGCCACAAAAGUGCGAUGCUCUUCCGGCUGCUGGACCAGGAGCUGCAAUCCCCAGCGCCUCCAGUCUCCAUGCGACUGUAACUUCUUCCUGUCCAACAACCAACAGGAGUCAUUCUGGCUGAAAAGGACACAGCACCUCCUCUCGCUCCUGAGUUGAGUACCUACUGCGCUCGCUAGAUGGUGACAAAUAUCUGUCCUCCUCUGUCAGUACUAAAACAUUUCAUUUGCAAAUAUUUAGGCAAUUGUGGAACUCUGCACGCAAUGCCUGGGUAAUAAUUAGAGAAGACAAUGUCAGUAGUCAUAUACAAGGCUGAGUUACAGGUAGACCCAAAAUAGAAUCCUCGUCUCUGCACUCGUGUCCGGGUACAGAUUUGAAUGGUGGCCUGAUGAUAAACAUAGCGUGUUUUAAUAAAACUUCAACCCCAGCAACACUCCAGGAUUGUCAGACAGACAUAACAUGCCUCCCCACGGCAUGGUAGAAAGGUUGAAAGUUUAUCAGGUGCUGUCACGGCUGUGCUGAUUUACCCGUCGCUUCAUGAUGAAUGAGGGUAAUAUCACAGUUAGCCACAAGAUGAAUGUGUUUCUGUGGCCAGGAUGAUUCAUAUUCCGGCUGAAGAAUACAGAUGAAGCUGGAAUCCGAAGGAGAAAAUCGUGACCACAUCUAUAAUGCAAUAGCCCUUCGAUGACAUUUACGUGACUUACGUCUGUCACUAUUUGAGAUACGACUUUUUGUAUGAUGACAUUACAUUUAGGUGGCCUGACGGGCCUGUAAUCCAUUACACGCUGCUCUUCUUUCAGAAAAAUAAACGACUUGUUUUGUCUUA